AUGUCUAGCCAAGCUACCAACACCAACGUGCCCACUGCCCCUCCCGGCAUGCCCAACCCUGGCCUGAACAACCCCUUCAGUGUCUACGUCCCCCUCGUCUUCGACGGAGACCACUUCCUGUACGCCAGACGCAACAUGGUGGCCCUGCGUUUCGGUAUUCCUAUCCAGCUUACUGAGGUCAUGGAAGACGGCAUCAUUCCCAUCCCUGGUCUUGACAAGCGUGAGGCUCACAUGUUCCUCCACUGGAUCAACUACGGUCAGUUUCGACUUAUGCCGACCCGGGAUGGACAGAACGAUGCAGAGAAGCGCAAGUGCUUCAUGAUCGAGUGUAUCUCCCUUUACGGCGUCGCCAUGCGUUACGACCUCCAGGACCUUGCCCGCAUCGCCCUCGCCCACUUCUCCCACCUUGGCGACCAGAUUGGUGUGAAGAAUGUUCUCAUCAUGUUCUCUGACUACGCCUAUGCCGGCGAGGGAGGAGAGACUUGCAUUGUUGAGUACACCCUUCGACGUUGCCCCAUGGGACAGAGUGGAUUUCUCCGAGUCCCUCAUGUGUUCCAGGUUCGCGAGAGCUACGGUAUGGAGCACACCAUUGCCAGCGUUCUUCUGCAGCUGGAGGUUGUCUAA